AGUAGCAACAUCAAGCCUGCAUUUAUAUCUGCACGGGACUCCAGUGAAAAGUUUGUCUAUAGGGGACAUAACGUGUCGGCAAGGUGUGGCUUUUCAAAACUUGAAUUAUUUUUGGACGAAUUAGUCCAAGAAACAGGUGGAUGAUUUCGUUUGAAACAGGCUGUUUUCCAAAGAUUUACCACUCAGCCAAAAUUGAUUCAAAAGACAGAAAGCUUGAGUUUGGCCCUUAUCAGUGGCCUUAUAGAGUUUGUAUGGUUGGAAAAGAUUCAAGAACUUCAUAUAAUCUGGAAAAUUAUUCAAAAAGAACUUUAUUAUUUAGUAGAAAUUGUAAGCAUCGGAAACAAGAACACAACUCAAAAUGGCUAUGGUCAAUGUCAACAGGAAAGUUACAGAUCAAUUCUACCGAUAUAAGAUGCCCAAACUCAUAGCAAAGGUUGAAGGCAAAGGAAAUGGUAUCAAAACCGUUGUUGUGAACAUGGUUGAUGUUGCCAAGGCUUUGAACAGGCCACCAUUGUAUCCAACCAAGUAUUUUGGAUGUGAACUUGGUGCAAAUACUCAGUUUGAUAAGAAGAAUGACCGCUACAUAGUAAAUGGGUCCCAUGAUGCUGAUAAGCUUCAAGAGUUACUUGACAGUUUCAUUGAAAGAUAUGUGUUAUGCCCUGAGUGUGAAAACCCAGAGACUAAUCUUUCAGUUAAGGUGAAGUCUGAAAAAAUCAGUCAGCAAUGCAUUGCUUGUGGCUACACUGGAUUAAUCGAUACAAAACACCGUGUUGCCCAGUUCAUACUAAAAAAUCCACCAGCAUCGGAGACUGAAACAGUAACACCUCAAAAAGGGAAGAAAGGAAAAAAUAAGAAGGAACAGAAGACCAAUGGAGAACUGCACAGUCCUACAGCCGAAGAACCAGAUUCAGUUGACAAACACUUGUUUGGUGAAAAAAGCAUGGCCCCACCUUCAGUAGUAUGCUCAGAUGGUUUUGGAGAUUGGAGUGAAGAUGUUACAGAUGAAGCAGUUAAGAAGAGAAUGGAGGGCCUUUCUGAGAGUGUCAAAGGACUUAUUAUGAAUGAUGAUUUGGAAAAGACACCAGAAGAAAGAAUCAAUAUAUUUUUUCAGUUUGUAAAGAGUCAAACAGCAAAUGGGUUAGAAGGUCACGACAAGGAUAUACUUGCUGAAGCAGAGCGCCUUGAUAUCAAAGACAAAGCUGUUCUUGUUUUGGCAGAAAUAUUUUUCACUGAUAAUAUGUUGCAGGAGAUCAAGAAGUACAGGAAAAUGUUUCUUAAAUUGCUAAAUAAUAACCAGAAAGCACAAAAGUACUUGAUGGGAGCAGUGGAGAUGCUUAUUGGCAAAUCAUACAAAACACAGCUGAUGCCCAAGGUACCACAUGUCCUGAAAUGCCUCUAUGACUCUGAUUAUGUAGAGGAAGAAGUGUUUUUGCAGUGGGGUUCAAAGGUAUCAAAACGAUAUGUUUCAAAAGACAUCGCUGAAGCUAUUCACAAGAAAGCAGAACCAUUUUUGAAAUGGUUGAAAGAAGCAGAAGAGGAAAGUGACGAAGACGAUGAAGAAAACGAUGCAGGAGUUGAUGUUGUUUAUUCCAGCAAGUCUGUUCCAGCUGAUCCAGAGCCUGCUGCAGUGGAAGAAGAUGAAUCAUAUAUUGAUGAUAUUUGAGUUACAUAAAUUAAUUGUUUAGUUAAAGCUAUGCAUUAAAGACUGACACAUUUUGUUAGAGUUCCUACUUGUGUUUUGUUUUCGUACACCAUCGGAAGCUAUUUGGAA